UAUGCGCAGGAGAAUGGCGGGUAGAACGAAGCUUUGAUUGUGAUUUGAAUUUUUUGGAUGGCGUCGGAAACGUGGUUCGAAAUCGAGAAUAAUCGUGAUUGAUGAUCGAUAUAACAUGAUCCUCAGAUCUUUUGGAACAAAUCACGCUGAAUAGCAAUGGAAGUUGAACAACAGGAUGAGCUUGCAGAAUAUUUGAUAAACAGUCUGAAACGGAAAGAUGUGAAGAAAACUACAAAAGCAGUUGAGAGGGGUGCAGAUCCUAACUACAUUGGACCAGAAGGCUUUGCAGCCAUCCACCUAGCUGCAGGUCUAGAUGGUGCUGCGGGAAUGCAGCUGUUGAAAUUGAUGCUCAGAUACAAUGGAGAUCCAAACUUGAAAUCAUCAGACAGUGAGACAGCCCUUCAUAUUGCUGUCAUGUGGAAUAGGGAAAAUGCAACAAGGCUGCUUCUGGCUUGUGGUGCUGACCCAACAAUAAGAAAUUCUGAUGGCCUAACCGCGUUUGAUUUGGCAGAAAAUACAAGUGAUCAUGAGUUGAAAUGUUUAGAUUUGUUACGGAACAGCUUGAAUGAUUCAUCAGAAAGCGACUUUUCCCCAAAUGAGAGAACCGUGUUAUUCAAUCCGACAUCAAAUUACAGACAUGGAUCAAAGAAUAACAAACUUAGAGAAUCUUUGAUGUCACCAAAAAGAAAAUCAACAGAGUUUGGGGAUGUAGUUGAUGGUGAAAGUUCCUAUCGCAUGCAGCAAUCAAUCGGUCUAGAAGAAAAACAAAGUCAAACCCUUUAUAAAAAGGUUCCUUCACCCAGCUAUUUUCAGUUUCCAUAUAAUCCAAUGUGGGCAGGAAUGCCUGGGUUUGAGGGCCAUCAACCCGGAGACAUGAAAAUGUACCCAAAUUUUAACCAGAUGCAACAUCCCGAUCACCCAUCUACUCUAAAUACUGGUAAAGAUUCUUUUUUUGAUCUCUCUCUUCCUUCUCAUAGACAUUCGUUGAUCAAAAAUGCAAAAAGCUUUGAACAUCAAGACAAAUCUUGUCAAUCGGAUUCUCUAGAGUCGCUUGAUACUGCCUUCACUUGGGACUCGGAUAUUGAUUCAUCUACAAGCUACUUCAGUCUCCCCAAGGAUUCUUUAAGGGGCUUUAUUACUGAGUUGAAGGAUGGAGAAGAGAAGUAUAUGUUACACAAGGGUAUCAGUGGCGAGGCAUCUUUGGUAAUCGGAACUGACUUUGAGUCUAGGAUCUCUCUUGGUGAAAUACCCGUUUCUCUUAUUAAGAAUGCCAAUGAAAGUAUUAUAAGUGAACAAUUUAGGCGGAGUUCUGGCAGGAGAUCUGCAGAGAAAAUGUUUCUUAGGAGAGCAAAACUUGUAAAUAUGCAAUCUGGGAAGAAAUCACGUAAAAGCCAAGAUAGUUGGACAGGCACCAAUGGUGCAUCUGUUAGUAGUCCAAAUGGUUAUAUGCCGGGGCGACCUCGGUUCUUUCGAACUCCAUUCCCUUUGAUUAACAUGCCUGCUCGACAAUUCCAAAAUGGCUUUGCAGAGGAGGCUAGUCCAGGAGACAGCGAGGUUGGACACACUCCAGAAAAACCGAAAAUGGUUGAUAAAACUACUCAAAAGAGCUUCGAGUCUUCUCGUGUUAAUGGUGGAUCAGCUACUAACGAUUCAAAAGUAGAGGGUGCAAGAACUGAAAAAACAACGAACUCAAAUCGAUCGAAACAAGCAAGAGAGUCUCCUGACAAACGAGCAAUGUUUUUGCAGCAACACACAGCCAUUCAGUCUUCCUUGUCAUCGAUACCGCCAGUGACGGGCACUGGCUCUGCAGAAACGAACACACGAACUCCAACGACAGACGAGACUCUCUCACAGCCUGGCAAUGAAGAAACCGAGAUAGAAUUUCCCAUAAUGCACACGUUCGGUUCACCAAGGAAUUUGUACGCCGAAGGAACACCUGUUGCUCCAAAUAUGACGCGUAGUUUGUUUGAUCGGUCAUUUUUUGGUGGAAAUAUGACAAAUGGCGAUAUUCCAGAUGGCGAGAUUUUUAAAUUUGGUUUUGAAGAGCCUGUGAAUGAAUCGAAAGACUCCUUGCAAGGUAAAGAAACAAAAAGAGUCUCAUCAAUACAGCGAAAGAUUAAUGUUUUAGAUUCAAAUCAAGCCGAUGUUUUCCCUACCGAUGCAGAAUCGGCUGCUGGCGAGAGUGACGGAAAUUCUUCUGGUUAUAAUGGCGACACUUCGCAACAGAACAGUCCGGAUGAUGUUGUGUCUGUUUCCCAACCCAAAUUUGAUUUGAGGAAUUCGCCAUCAGUGACUUUGAGAAGCAGGCGUAGAAAGGACAUGAUGGAUGAGCGGUCGGGAAAGAAUUUCGAAGAAGCAUCGUCAACUGACACGGACAGCAGGGAAUUGGCCGAAGCUGAUAGGCCAGAUGGAACAAAGGCCGACUUGCCUGCUUCCCCGAGGAAAAGGCUCAACGGCGUGACGUCAUCUUCUGAUGAAACUAACCGAGCUACGACAGGGAAAACUGAAAAAGAUAUUGUUGAGAAACGCCCUAAUUUGACAAGGAGUCCGGGUUUUAGAAUGCGACAAAAAGUUGACCAUACGUUUGAAGAUCGCACUGAAUUGAAGAGCCCUUUAUUACCAGAAGAACUCAAGUCGUACCACAAGGCACAGCUUAACAAGCCGACUCGUGCAAGAAAAAAAUGGGAGCAUAAGUAUGACUGUUCAUGCGAGUUGUGCAUGACAAGAAAAGGGCAUACAAGUAUUUCACCAUCAUUACCCAACUGCGAUCAUGAUCAAUGUCAUGAAUGCGAAGAAGGUGAUUUCGACGAGGUCUCAGUUGAGUAUGACUGGAAAGACGUGAGUUUACUGGAGUCAACGAACGGCGAACAAUCGAUUGUCGUGCCGAAGGAUAUCCAGGCUUUGAAUGUGGAGGAGCUAAAGCAAAGGUUGAUCAAAGCUGAUGAAAAACCCGGACCUAUAACCAACAACACAAAGAAUAUUUACAUGAAGCAUCUCGCUAGAGUGGAGGCUGGCGUUGUUACUAAAGGGAAGAGUUCAACAUUCAUGGAAUUUGUUCCAGAAAUGAGAAGAGAGUUAACACAACCGUGUGCAGAGGACUAUAGUUCACUGGAAGAAGAGAUCGUUAAAAAUUUUGAAAAUCCGCAAAAACACAAAUGGAGAGAAGGGCUGAAGAAAGCGUCGUUCAAUUACAUCCUCAUAGACCCAAGAGUAACAACAAAACUGAAAAACAAAGACCUCGACGAGACAGAAAGAUUUGGCUGUUUUGUACGCUCGAUCUUCUACGUUGGAAAAGGAAACAAAUCAAGGCCUCUCGAACACUUAACUGAUGCUGUUAAGCUAAAGAAAGCGAACGACCAGGCUGCAAAGGCAAGUGAAAAGCUGAAAAUGAUCCUUAAUAUUUGGCAGUCUGGUUAUGGCGUCGUUUCCCUGAAUUUGUUCCAGAAUACAAUUCCCGUUGAAGCUUACACGCGAGAAGCAUGUAUGAUUGAAGCAAUGGGACUUACGCGACUAACGAACCUAAAAAAAGGUGACUAUUAUGGAUCGGCUGCUUCUUGGAAAUUGAAGAAAAAACGACUUCUUGGAAUUCAUUUGCUGAAGAAAGCCUUCCAGAUUUUCCUUGUCGAAGGAGAAAAGCAAAUCAAAGAAGGAGAUUUAUGAUUUUAAAUAAAAGAUCAACAUAUAACUGUAAGUGAAAUAAAGUAUUGUAUAAAUAUAGUAUAUUUUUAAUCAACCGAUCAUUUGCGAGAAAACAGAUUAAAGGAAAGCAGUCCUUCCUUUUAAUUGAUGUACAGUUUAAUUAUCGCUUGGUUUUCAGCACUUGACAAGCCUUUUUUGCCAUUUACGUUUGAAAUAAAUAAAUAUACCAUAAGGUUGUUUUUGAUGGCUUUGGUUCUGAAGAUUAGGCCCAAAAAGCCAGUAAGGCGACUGAUAAUUGCAUUGUUUUUACUUUUGCCAAACUACGCUGGAAAAUCUUUCAAAGCGUUUUUGUCUUUCUUUGUAUCAAACUUUCAAAGAAAUAUUUUUAUACAUAUUAUACGAUUCAACCAUUUUCGGUCUUAUUUAUAUUUCCUUAGUUGCUCGAUCGUGCCUUAUUUUUGAUAAUAUUUUGUAAAGGCGAAAGUUGUUGGUGUUACCGUAUAUUUUUGUAUUUUUGAGUUACUUGUAUAAUAUUUUAUUCGGUUCCUUCAUGCUUGUUGGUUGUGUAUUUUUAAGAAGAUUUUCCGAUUAUUCUUUAAACAAAUGUCGAAAGAUUGAAUGUAUGGAAUCUGAUCCAACCACCUUUGAGAAGAAACAAUGCAGAUUUCUGUUCAGGGGGGAGGGUUAGAGGGAGGGCUAUCCAAUAAUUUUCCUUGACUACAAACGUAGCUUUUACAUUUAAUGUUAGUUAACUUGUACAUUUACCGCUGUAAUUGAAACCCAUGUAAGGAGAAAAUUGCCUGAGAUUAUAAAGUCUUGUUUCGUAGGUGCCCUGGAACAAUAGAAUGGAACUUGUACUCGUUGCUCCUUUCCCCGUACUUACCUCUCAAUGACCACACCCAUCGCGUCCUCAAAUCCUUACGAGGCUAUUUUUUCUUUUAUUUCUAAAGCACAAGUCAAGUUUUUUAAACAACUACUGUACAAUACAAGCAUAUUUUUAAUAGUUAAUUGGCUUUAACAAUCCCAACUUUUGCUCAAUUGAAAUUUAGAACCACCGUUUUCCUAUGCUGUGCGCCAAGAUAAAGAAUAAGUUAAAUUAAUCUCGAAAGUGGAUACGGUGGCAGAAUUGUUUUAUUAUCUCCAGACCAGAGGAAAUCCUCGUUAUUUCCCUUCCCCCCUCUCUCCAUCCUUUUCUAAAAUUAUUUGGCCACAGCUCUCUUGAUUGUUAUUUGUUGCAAAUAUUCGUUUCAGCGACAACUCUAUUCGUUUCAGAGCUUCGUCGUAGUUUGAUUUUUCUUCAGUCCUGUAAAUUUCUCUAUUUUGUCGAGAAAAGUUUGUACUGCUUGUUACAUAUAUGAGAACUUCCAAACAGUUUUGAGUUUGGGGAUUUGUAAAUACGAUGUUUUAUCGUAGAUUUUGUUUAGAAAUGUUUGUGCAGAAGGAUCAGUGAUGUUAUUAAAAACAA